AUGAGCCACCAACUAAACAACCCAACAACAACAACAACGACAACAACAACGACAACAACAGCUAAUGACAGCAAGCCUCCUGCUCCUUCCAAGGACCGCCAGAGACUCCCGUCAGAUGCAAAACACUAUCCAGUCUUCAACUUUGGUGCUGGUGCCGUUGCCUCAAAUAGCGCAAAAAGAUCAUGCCUGACUGCCAACACUACUACCACCACCAUCAACACUACCACUAAGACUAACAACACUGCCACCACCAACAACAAUAAUAAAAACGGCUCUUUAACCUCUUCUAAAGAUACUUCUUCCAAUGAUACCCUCAUGAUCGCUGCCGAUGAACCAAACAAAAGAGCCCGUCUCGAUAUCGAUGUCGACAUGUCUAUUUCCUCCCUGGCAUCAACACUUCUUGAUCGUCAUCAUCACCACCACCACCACCACCACCAUCCUACCAAUAUUACCUCUUCAACAUCAACAUCCUCAUCGACGUCUCCUAGUCUAUCAUGUUCCCGUGAAGGAUCUCCAAAACAACCACCUAUCCCUGGCUCUGCUACCAAUAAUAUUAAUAAUAAUAAUAAUAAUAAUGCAUCUGCAUCCACCACCUCAUCGAUCAAAAAUAAUACUUCGACCGACGCCAACUCCUCUGCAAGAGACCCUUCUAGCCGCUUCACCACCUCUGCAUCUUCAGCAACCCGUCGUAAGCGGUCUCAGUCAUUACCAAAUAUCACAUUUUCCCACCGUCGGUACCGUUCUCAACCAGCUGCUGCUCUCAAUAACAUGGUUUUCAACGCUUCUCAUAAUAAUCCUGUAUUCACUAUAAAGACCACCAACGAUGGAACCGGUAUUAACAAUGCUGUUAACAGUCAAGGGUCUCUCAAACAAUUUUUCAAAAAUAACAAAAAACGUCAUGGAAGACAUCACCGUUCGCACAAUAAUCUCAGUUUUAACGGUUCAGAUCCUAGUCAUGCUCAGCUACCUCCAGUAAACACACAAUCUCUCAGAGAGAUUGAUUUACAAGAGAUCUUGAAAAACCCGCAACUUCGUCAUGACAUUUUGUUUGAUCCCCAACUUCAGUUUCGUCCAAAUUUAGAUGGCGAACGUGGCAAACGAAAGAAGCAAGUUGUUGAUAAAUACUGGAAUGAAGUCGAAGUUGAAUGCCACGAAUAUAUGAAGGUGUCCAACAAGAUCUUGACUAGUGACGGGUCUAUUGAUAUGGUUGGCAAUCUUUCGAAAUUCCACAACAAGUAUUCGAAGUUGCCUAAAUUAUUCAGCACCCUUCGGGAUAUUUUGAUCACUUUGUUACCAUCGAAAGAUCGAGCAACGGUUUACGAUGUGAUGGAUGUGGAUUUAUUAGUCCAACAGCUCCGCAAAGGGGUGGUUGAUUUUGUAUCAUUAGCUAGAUGGUUGGCCAAUGUUUUCAAAUCUCAUUGUGCUCCAAUGCGUGAUAGCUGGGUUGAUGAGAUGACUUUGAAAUUCGUGGAAGCUGAUAAAGAAAACUCGAUCAAAAAAUUGAUUGAUGGUUUGCGUACCAUCUUUUGUAUCUUGGAGGCAAUGAAGUUGGAUGUCGCCAACCAUCAAAUCAGGGUGCUUCGUCCAGCGUUGGUGGAAACUGCUGUCGAUUUUGAACGGGACUAUUUUAAUCAAAUGAUCACCAGAAGAAACUUGAACAUUUCUGACUCGUUGAAUUGGUUUACCAAGUACUACAAAUUGGAAAUUUCCGAAAACCCAAACAAUAACCCUCAAGCUCCAGUGUACCUUCGAAACGUUACAAUUUCCGCGAUUAUCAAGCUUUUGUCUUGUCGUGAAAUGACCACUGAAUUCCCAUCAUCUUUGUCAUUUGACCAUUCCAGACUAAUUCUUUUGCGUGCCGAUGUCCGUCAACUAGUAUGCUUACAAAUUUGCUUGUAUCUUUACAAGCAAUUGGUUUCUACAUAUAAUGCAAAAGACCCACUUAAGAAGUCUCGUCUAUUAACCAAAACUUGCCUCCAAGAUGUCAAGAGAGAAAUUUUGGCGGUCAUCACUGAUGAAAAUGGUAAUGUGAAAUGGACCCGUAACAUCCCAUCUAUUGCCGUCCAACUUGCCAAGAGAUCAAUUAUAGACCCAACUAGUGUAAAUUCGUCAUCUGCCAGUACUCCACCUCCAUCAUCUAUCGUGAGUUUUGCGCAUUCUUGGUUAUUGAAGCAAACUCAACCAAGAAGUGAUGUGUAUGGAUUAAUGGAAGAUAGAAUUUUCCAACAAUUGAAGACUCUGGUGAGUGACAUUCUUGAAAACACUAAGAUUGGAAGUUCUACCCCAACUUCUGCUACCGGUGUCACUUUUAAAGGCAUUCCUUCCCCAUCUUCCGCUACCAAUUCUGCUGCUGCAGCCAGUAGAUCUGGUACCGGUGCUUUAAUGAGCAGCUCUUCAAUUUCUAAUAAUGCCAGUGGAUAUACUACUCCGACCACCCCGGGUUCCGCUAAUGGUAAUGCUCAAUUACUGGAAGAAAUAGUCUCAUUGAGUAGCCGUUUAUCAGUGUUGGCCAAUUUCCACUGGUCAGUGUUUGGCAACCAUUAUACGGAAGCCAUUAAGGAUAUUGAGAACUGA